GCCCAUAUUGAUUUACCUUCACUGUGCUAAAACAAAACAAAAAACGAAGGGAAGGAAACAAGAGGGGGCAUUGCAUUUCAUCUGGGUUUAGCCAAAGAAAGCGGUGAAUGGAGAAGAGGAUCACACUAGUUCAGACCAUAGCCACUGCUGGCGUUUUCUCUGCAAUUUCCUUCUGGUAUGGAUUCAUGUUCGGUAGAGAAUCCUCUCGCAAAGAGCUUUCUCACCUCAUCGAAGACCUCCGUCGCGGAAACCCUACCUCAUGAAUGAUAGUUACAGUAAUCUGUUUUGUUAUUAUGAAGGAGUAUGAAUGCAUUAGAAUUUCAGUAAGACGUCAGAAGUAAGAAGUAAUGUGAAAGUAAAAAUUGGGAAUGACAACAUACCACAUGUUUCAAGUUUAAGUACCGAUAUCUAAUGAUGGGGAACUUGACAAAGUUGUUACACACAAAACUCAAGCGGGGUGGUUAAGGUGGAGAAAAGCAUCAGAGUCACCUGUGACCAAAAAGUUCCUACCUAGCUCAAAUGAAAGUUUUACUGAAUCGCUAUAAGACCAACUAUCCUCAUUGUAGCGAACUGUUGUGCAUUAAUGAGUCAACAUGUGUAAAAAGUUGGAAUAGAAGAAGUGAGAAUAUUAAGAUGGAUGUGUGGCCCCACUAAAAAUGUAAUGUGAUCCAUAUAGCCGUUCUCACUUAGUGCGAUAAGACUAUAAGACUCUUGUUGUUGUUAUUGUAGUACCAGUUUCAUCUCUUCCGAGUGAUUAUUAUUUGCUUGCAUUA